AGCUUUGUGCUUAGUUUUAUUUAUUUUGUUCAGUUGCGUUAUGACUUGAAAAUGCAAAUAUUUUUCUUCUCUUUAAUUGUGUUUGUUUCAAAAUUUGGAGUAAUUACUCCAUCAAAUCAGUAUUGUAGUCAACAUUUAGCUAGUUUUGCUGGUAGUUUUGAGCAAUGCAAACCCAAUGAUUUUUGUUUAGCUUCGGAUGCGGACCGAGUUCACAUUAAAUUAUUUUCAACGAAAACUGCAUACCAGACAGAAAAGUCACAUGACGAAUCUAAAUUGAGAGAUUUUCACGUCGAAGAUUGUACACCGUCAAAGGUUUGGCUAUUGAUUCGACAUGGAACGAGACUUCCAACUGCCAGUGGAAUCGAAAGGUUCGGUGAAAUGGAAAAGUUGCGAGACAGAAUUGUUGAGAAUAUGGAAAAACUCCAAAAACCGGCCUUAUGCCCGGAUGACUUAAACAUGCUGAAGAAUUGGAAGUGGAACGAUAGUAUUACAGUGAAUCAAGCAAAUUAUCUCGUGGAACAGGGUUAUAAAGAGCUUAGUGCCAUAGCGCAUAAUUAUAAACAAUAUUUGCCAAAUCUAUUCCAAAGGCCAUAUGACGUCAAUCAUUUCCAUUUUCGGCAUACAAACACUGAACGAACUCGUUCCAGUUUUCGAGCAUUUGUCAAUGAACUAUUCGGAGAAUCAGCAUACAAGCAAAUCUAUGCAGAAACGCCACCGAAUCGGCCAGAUCUGCUGCUUAAAGCAUACGCCAAUUGCCCGUUAUGGAGAGAUCAGAAAAAGAAAUUAAAACGAACCGAUUCUGAAGUGAGGAAAUUCGAACAAUCAAGCACAUUUCAGAAGCUUAUCGCCGAUGUUAACUCUAGAUUUGGAUUCAAUGGAACACUUGAAGCGAAAGAGAUUAAAGACAUUUAUGGCAUGUGUCGUUAUGAGUCUGCUUGGCAUACAGACCAAACGAGCGUAUGGUGUUCGUUGCUAACACUGUCUCAAGUGCACAUAUUUGAAUACCAAGAAGACCUGAACUAUUUCUACAAAUCGAGCCACGGGUCAGAACUCAAUAAAAAUGUCAAGUGUUUCGCAAUGCAAGAUAUGCUAAAUCGCUUAUCGAUCGACGAUGGACCUGCGGCUACUGUCUAUUUCAGCCAUUCAGCCGCUGUGCAACUAUUUCUUACAUCGCUAGGGGCAUUAAAAGAUGAUAUUGAUUUGAAAGCAGAGAAUUUCGCACAAAUGGCAUCCAUUCGAAAGUGGAAAACAAGCCAAAUCAGCCCAUUCGCUGCCAAUAUUGGUAUCGUCCGUUACAAAUGCUCAUCGAAUGACAAAGUCAAAUUUCUCUUGAACGAAAAAGUACUACAAUUUGAUUGGUGCACACCGAACGGUGUAUGCGAUUGGCGAGAUUUCAAACAAAAAUAUGCAUUCUUUGCAAACGAAGACUGUGAUCGCGUCUUCUGUCGUCGUUAAAAAAAAAGACUGUGAUUUAACACAUCGGUCAAUAAGUCCCGAGCCUAACCACCAAGUGGCAACACUAAUGUCAAACCCAUAUCAUUUUCGAAAACUACAACCUUUUUUAGGAAUCCAGUCAAAAUUUGAGCCAAAUCCGACCAUCAGUUCGCUAAUUACAGCACUUUAAAUGAAGCAAUUUUCCAAUUUUCCAAAAUCAUGGAAAAACUGCAUUUCUCCUCUCGAUUUGACACAUGUAUUCCAGAAGAAAAACGAGCAGGAGUACCAAACCCAUACUAUGAUUAGUUUAUGGCAUCCUUAGGCUUUCGAAAUCAAUCAUUAGAUAUGGAAGAAUUGAAUUUAUGCAUAGCCAUAAGAGCGAUUUUGUCGAUAAGCCUCCAAAUUGUUCAAAAUAUGUGGUUUUGGAAGAAAUCAUUGCCAAAAUCCGUUAAGUGAUAUCGGAAUUCUCAAAUGUGAUAGUUCAUAGAUUUGCUAAGGCCAUAGGGCAACUAACUCAAGCUAUAGUUACAACUUUGCAUGGAUAUAUGCAUAUGAAAUACUCAAUCGAAAAAGCCUUGCCGCGUUUUUGGAUAUGGAGUAGAUAGAACAGUUUUUUGGGGAUUCGAAGCCCGUUUGGAG